AUCAUUGAUAGCUACAUACUUCUUCCUUCAGCGGCAUCUAAGGGUUGCAGCUGGAACCUCCUAUUAAUUCUUUCCUUUUUCUUUCUCUAAGCCUUUGCCUCUCUGCCUGUCUGCAGCAGUGAAGGCAGCUGCGGGCCACUGGUAAACUCUGUGAAAUUUGUCACAAGGGUGUCAGGUAUUCCUUAACCUGCUUCCAAAGAAAACUUAAAGAAAUCUUUCCUGCAGCGUCCCUUUCGGGCUGUACUCAGAAGCUCUGGGAGGGGAAGAGGGAGCUGGAGGGCACAGACAGCAGCAGAGUAGAUGGCCCGGGGCUGGGGGUCAGCCUAGGGCAGCCACUGGGGCUCAGACACAUGCACCUUGCCCGGGCUAUGCGCAGGCAAAGUCAAGUUGUUUUCUAUUGAAUGCUCAAACACAUUGCAGUUAUGCCGCUCUUACUGACCCUUUUCCUGACAGUAGUUUUUAGAUUUAGUUUUGUGAGUCUCUCAACACUGGAGCACAGGAGCUGUCCUGAAGGGACUCAGGCUGAACACAGGAAUUCCACUUCUGUGGGUCCUGCACCCUUCUUAAUUUUCUCCCAUGGAAAUAGUAUCUUUAGGAUCGAUUUGGAAGGAACAAACCAUGAGCAAUUGGCGGUGGAUGCUGGCGCCUCAGUGAUCAUGGAUUUUCAUUACAACAAGGAAAGAAUCUAUUGGGUGGAUUUAGAGAGACAACUUUUGCAAAGAGUUUUUCUGAAUGGGUCAAGACAAGAGAGGGUGUGCAAUAUAGAGAAAAAUGUUUCUGGAAUGGCAAUAAAUUGGAUAAAUGAAGAAAUUAUCUGGUCAAAUCAACAGGAAGGAAUCAUUACAAUAACAGAUAUGAAAGGAAAUAAUUCCCGUGUUCUUUUAAGUGCCUUAAAAUAUCCUGCGAAUAUAGCAGUUGAUCCAGUUGAAAGGUUUAUAUUCUGGUCUUCAGAGCAGGCUGGCAGCCUUCACAGAGCAGAUCUCAAUGGCAUGGAAGUGAGGACCCUGUUGGAGACGUCAGAGAAAAUAACAGCUAUGUCACUGGAUGUGCUUGAUAAGCGGCUCUUUUGGAUUCAUUACAACAGAGAAGGAACCAAUUCUCAUAUUUAUUCCUGUGAUUAUGAUGGAGGUUCUGUCCGUCUUAGCAAAUAUCAAACACGGCAUAACAUGUUUGCAAUGUCCCUUUUUGGUGACCGUAUCUUCUAUUCAAUACGGAAAAUGAAGAUCAUUUGGAUAGCCAACAAACACACCGGGAGUGAUAUGGUUAGAAUCAGCCUCAAUCCAUCAUCUGGACCACCUGGUGAACUUAAAUUAGUGCAUCCGCUUGUACAGCCCACGGCCAGGGACAGUGCUCUAGAGUCUGAGCAGAAACUGUGCCAAUCGAGGAAAGGGAGCUGCACUAGCGGCGCGUGCGGGUGUGCGGAGGGGUUCGCGGUGAGCCCGGACGGCCAGGCCUGCGAAGAUGUCAACGAAUGUGCCUUUUGGAAUCAUGGCUGUACUCUCGGGUGUGAAAACACCCCUGGAUCCUACUAUUGCACGUGUCCUGUAGGAUUUGUUCUGCUUCCCGAUGGGAAACGAUGUCAUGAAUUUGUUUCCUGUCCGAGCAAUGUGUCUGAAUGCAGCCAUGAUUGUGUUCUGACGUCAGAUGGCCCCACAUGUUUCUGUCCUGCAGGCUCAGUGCUUGACACAGAUGGAAAAACGUGUAGUGGCUGUUCAUCACCUGAUAAUGGUGGAUGUGGCCAGCUCUGCAUUCCUCUCAGCCCAGUAUCCUGGGAAUGUGGUUGCUUUCCUGGGUAUGACCUUCAACUGGACAAAAAAAGCUGUGCAGCUUCAGGACCACAACCAUUUUUGCUGUUUGCCAAUUCUCAAGAUAUUCGACACAUGCAUUUUGAUGGAACAGAUUACAGAACCUUGCUCAGCCAGCAAAUGGGAAUGGUUUUUGCCCUAGAUCAUGACCCUGUGGAGAAUAAGAUAUACUUUGCCCACACAGCCCUGAAGUGGCUGGAGAGGGCUAACAUGGAUGGCUCCCAGCGAGAAAGGCUCAUCCAGGAGGCGGUAGGUGUACCAGAAGGUCUUGCUGUGGACUGGAUUGGCCGUAGGUUCUACUGGACGGACAGAGGGAAAUCUCUCAUUGAAGGGAGUGAUUUAAAUGGAAAACAUCGAGAAAUAAUCAUUAAGGAGAACAUCUCUCAACCACGAGGAAUUGCUGUUCAUCCAGUGGCCAAGAGAUUAUUCUGGACUGAUGUGGGGAUUAAUCCAAGAAUUGAAAGUUCUUCCCUUCAAGGCUUUGGCCGACUGGUUAUAGCUAGCUCUGAUCUGAUGGAGCCCAGUGGAAUAACAAUUGACUUCUUAACUGACAAGUUGUAUUGGUGCGAUGCCAAGCAGUCUGUGAUUGAAACGGCCAAUCUGGAUGGUUCAAAACGCCAAAGAAUUGCCCAGAACGAUGUAGGUCACCCAUUUGCUGUAGCUGUGUUUGAGGAUCACGUGUGGUUCUCGGAUUGGGCUAUGCCAUCGGUAAUAAGGGUGAACAAGAGGACUGGCAAAAACAGGGUACGUCUCCGAGGCAGCAUGCUGAAGCCCUCAUCACUGGUUGUGGUUCAUCCAUUGGCAAAACCAGGAGCAGAUCCCUGCUUACAUCAGAAUGGAGGCUGUGAACAUGUUUGUGAAGAGAGGUUUGGAACUAGUUGGUGUUCAUGUCAUGAGGGUUUUAUGAAAGCCCCAGAUGGGAAAACGUGUCUGGUUCUGAAUGGCCACCAGGUAUCAGCAGGUGGUGAAGCUAAUGUCAGUAACCAAGUAACACCCUUGAACACCUCAUUCAAGACCAGAGUGUCGGAAGACAGCAUCACAGAAUUUCAGUACAUGCUAGUUGCUGAAAUCAUGGUGUCAGACCAAGAUGACUGUGCUCCCCUGGGAUGCAGCGCGCAUGCUUGGUGUGUUUCCGAGGGAGAGAACGCCACGUGUCAGUGUAUGAAAGGAUUUGCUGGGGAUGGAAGACUAUGCUUUGAUAUAGAUGAAUGUGAGCUGGGUGUCCCAGUGUGCCCGGCCACCUCCUCCCAGUGUAUCAACACUAACGGUGGUUAUGUCUGCCGGUGCUCGGAAGGCUACCAAGGAGAUGGGGUCCACUGUCUCGAUAUUGAUGAGUGCCGCCUGGGGGUGCACAGCUGUGGCCAGAACGCCAACUGUACAAAUACAGAGGGAGGCUACUCCUGCAUGUGUGCCGGCCGCCUGUCUGAACCUGGACUGAUUUGCCCUGACUCAACUCCACCCUCUCACCUCAGGGAAGAUGGCCACCAUCCUGUCAGAAACAGUUACCCGGGUUGUCCCCCCUCUCACGAUGGGUACUGCCUCCACGGGGGUGCGUGCAUGUAUGUUGAGACAGUAGACACCUAUGCAUGCAACUGCGUUGUGGGUUAUGUCGGGGAGCGAUGUCAGCACCGAGAUCUGAAGUGGUGGGAACUGCGCCACGCUGGCCUGGAACAGCAGCGGAAUGUCACCGUGGUGGCUGUCUGUGUGGUGGCUCUGGUCCUGCUGCUCCUCCUGGGGCUGUGGGGGGCUCAUUACUACAGGACUAAGAAGCUGCUAUUGAAAACUCUGAAGAACCCAUAUGAAGAGCCAAGUGGAGAUGGGAGUGGCGGUGCGCACAGCAGCAGGCUUGCCACCAGCGAGGAUGGGACAUCUUCUUGCCCCCAACCUUGGUUUGUGGUUAUAAAGGAACACCAAGACCCCAGGAAAGAGAGGCAACCAGUGGCUGGCAAGAAUGUUCAGGCGGCAGACGUUGGCCAGUUUUCCUCCCUAGAGCCUGGGUCAGUGCAGUCAUCUUUGUGGAGGAAGGGGCCCCAGUUAUCUGGAAUGGGCAGAGAGGAAGGCUUCUGGAGUCCACCACCCAACAAUAAAGGCUCCUGUCCCCAGGUAAUGGAGCGAAGCUUUCAUCUACCCUUCUAUGUGGCACGGCCCCUCCCUGGAGGGGUUAAAGCUCCUGUCAGCUAACCCAUUAUGGCAACCAAGGGCUCUGGAUUCACCAUGACAAAUGGAGCUGAUCCAGUGAAAACUGGAAUUUGAAAGAAGGUCAAGAUGGACAGUGUAUUGCCUUUCAGGAAGUAGAGGAAAAGUAUUAAUCUCUACACUAAUCACCUACACCCUGGAGACAAAUACAUAGUUGGGCUUUUGUUUCUUCCUUUGAGCAGUCCCAUUGCAGAUUUUCAAAUAACAGUAAUGGGGAAAAUCACUAGGUAACUCAUGAGAGACCAAAAUUGGGACACUAGUGCUCUGUAAACUGUAUUUUCUUCAGCAAUCAAUUUCCUCCGGCAGAAGAAAUGUAGGGGUUAAAGCAGGCAAUCACACUGGUUUGGUCAGUUACAAAGUAAUUUCUUUGAUCUGGAAAGAACAUUUAACUCAAUCUCAUGAAAUGGAUGAAAUAUUACAAUUACUGUUAAGAUGCAUUGUAGGCAUUUAACUUAUCAUUGGUGUGGUUCCAUGCUGUUAAUUUUACAAAAUGACUUGUGAUAAAUUAAUCAAAAGUAUAGUAACUUAAAACUUGAUUUCUUCACAAUAAGAUGGCUUAUUUUUUCUAUUUUAAAAUCUUUGAAUAAAAACAUUUAAUUUUAAAAACAUUACCCAAGAGACAUCAGUGUUUCUUAGUCAUACUGUCCUGUCCCCCGCAACAUUUUUCCCCAGUGGUAAUUUCCCCUUUCAUGUAUUUAACAGAAUUGUUAUUUUUUUCCAAUAUAAGAUUGUAAGCAAAUUGCUUGAUUUAUUUUCAUAUGGAUAGCAAUUAAUGUCUUCUAAUUAUUUAAAUAAAAUCACCACAAGACAGAAAUAUUUUAUUGUAUGCCUGAUUACAUAAUUAAUUAUAGUCUAACAGGGGAUUAGAGGAGUUGAAUCAAAGUGAUUUGCCAAGCUUACUAUUGUAAUUCUUUUUUUAAAAAAAUAUUUGAAAUUUAUAACUCUAACUU